GUUCGCAGGGCUAGUGUGGAGAAAGGGGAAGAGAAGGGGAGGGGAGGUAGAAAUGCUACAUUCAUGAAGGAAGUCAUGAUGAUGGUUGGAAAGUCAUGAGGAUGGUAGCUUUGAGACUGGGCUAGAUGGGGAGAACUCUCACCAAUCGCGAGCUGAGUAACUGCCCAGACUCAGCUUGAAUACCUUCGAUAAUGGAGAACUUAUUAACUAUGCAAGAAACGAGAUCAGUCUGUUAGGGAAACCAGACGGCUGCAUAAACCAGAAAGGGGUCCCAGAGAGCGCAAUGUGGACCCGGAGAAGGAGGAGAGAGCACUUAAGCUGGAGAACGUUAGGACAGAAUGUGCCUGCUUAGAAUUUCUCACCAAUUGUCCUAGUUCUUUGAUUAGCCUCUGGCAGGGCCCUAGAAAUCUCGUCCCAGGGUCUAUUUAUAGUGGGACUGACCGAAGACUCGAGGGAGCCGGAGGGAAUGUUUAUAAACAAGGAGUCACCUGGUAGAGGCUGCGGGAUUACUGGGAGCCUGGAAGCAGGCUGCAAGAUGGGCAAGUGGAGGGGGUGAGGGUGUUGAAUUAAAGUCCUCCUUCUCAGAGGCGGACUGUCCUCUCCACCUGCUCAGCCCCUUCUCCGCCCUCUCAGUGGAUGGGGGAGGGGGAGAGGACGAGUACAGAUUGGAGAAUUGUGCAUUAGGUCACAGAACUUCAGUUCAAGCCCCCGGUUUUCUGGGAACCCUAGUUUCGAGCAGGAGACCCAGUCUACCCUUCAGAAAGCCUCCAGUCGUUUGUGGAGAUAUUGUCCCUUUUCGUGGAGCGUCCAGACACAGGGAAGGGAAGGGGGACAAUUGGCCCCGAUACUCUUUCCUCCCGGAGCAGGGAUGAGAAGGAGGGGCCGCAGUGUCAGGUUGCAGGGAAGGGGGGUGUGGGUGGACCGUGGAGCCUACUAUACUUAGGCAGGAUUUUGUUUAUCAUCCCCACUCUGGUUCUGUGGGAGGAUCGACUGGAAUCCCAGCCUCCGUCCCUCCAGCUCCAGCCAUCUCCCAGGUUCUGGGUCCCAAGGCAUUCGCUCUGCGCUGUGCCCCGAGUCUCCCCCAGGGACAAUGCUGCCCACCCUGAUGAUUGCACUUAGCUGUCUGGGCCUCAGCCCCCUCAUACAGGCCCAAGUUAUCCCCAUCGUGCCUUUGGGCCCAGCUCCUAACACCUUUGAUGAUGCCUACUUGGACUGUGAGGAGCAGAUGGAGAAGGAGGCCACCCACCUGCUCCAGGAGGAGAUGGCGCGCCACUCCCUGCUCCGGGAAUCUUGGGGGGCUGCCACAGUUGCCUGGGAGAGUCGGAGGAAGGGGCUCACUCUGCCCAUGGGUUUCGGAACCCAGCAUGCUGUGGCUAUCAUGGUCUACACUAAUUCAUCCAACCCCCUGUACCAGGAGCUGAACUCGGCCGUGAGGACGGCCGGCAGCUCUCGGGAGGACUACAUGAAGCACUUCCCCUUCAAGGCCCUGCAUUUCUACCUGAUGCAGGCCCUGCAGCUGCUGAGAGCUUCAAAGAGCUGUCAGGGGGGCCUUGGACAGGAAGUGUUCCGAGGCGUGAGCACCCUCCGCUUCCAGCCUCAUCAGCUGGGAGAUGUCAUUCGCCUCGGCCAGUUCACUUCCACCUCGGAGGAGAAAGGGGUGGCCCAGGGAUUUGGGAACUCGACCUUCUUCACCAUGAGCACUUGUUUUGGAGUUCCCAUACAAGCCUUUUCAGUCUUCCCCGAAGAACGAGAGGUCCUCAUCCCUCCUCAUGAGGUUUUCCUGGUGUCUGGCUUCUCUCACGAUGGGGUCCGGAACCUGGUGACCAUCAGGAGUCUCAAUCGGACCUGCAGCCACUUCAACUGUGCCUACCUUGGAGGAGAAAAGAAAGAAGGCUGUGUAUCUAACCCAGGACAAAGUUGGGAUGCUUUCUUCCCAGGAUCUUGGCCUCAGCUAAUGCCAAGGACUCUGCUCCUGCCUCAUGGGGCCUUCCAGCUCUCAGGUCCAGUGCCCUGAUCGUCCAACUUCUGACCUGGGGAAUUGUAGGGACCUGUUGGUCCUCCUGCUUGUGUAGGCCUGGCCAGGUUGAGGGCAGCUUGGAAAAGAAGAAGAAAAAGAUGAAGAUAAGGAUGAGAAUGAUGAAGGUGUUUGGGAGUUGAUCUGUGAGUAGUGUCCAUCCUGGGAUCAGGGCAGGGGCCUUAUGCCCCUCUGACCAGUCGGAUGUGGAACUGCAGUGGGUGAGGCCACUCCACUUUGUGGUUGUUGCCAUGACCACCUCUCAAUAAAAGACCUUGCAAAAUGUCUGCCUUCUUCUUCCAAGUACAGGUCUAUGAUGGCCCCUCUCAUUGGCUGGUAGGUCCACUGGUCAGUCACUUGGUCACUUAUUCAGCCAAAAAUAUGUUUCAGACAGGGCUUUCCAUGCAUUCUUCUCUGAUGCGCUGCAGUAAAGCUGUUCAUUGUCUUCAUUUUAAAUGUCCUGCUACAUCUCAAUAUAAACAAGCUUACAUGUGUCCUUUUGAUGUUUGGGGCAAUAUAUCUCCCUACCUGAUUGCAUUUCCUGUCCUUGUAUGUUGCUUAGAGAUCCGGGAAAUUGCCAAAGAAUGAACUAAGGGGUUUCACAACACUAGUUAUAUUUACAAAGCAAUUAUUAUCUGUUGACUUCAGCCAAACAUGGGAAGAUCCAGUGACCACAAAAGGUCUGUUCAAGAAAUGCAAUUCCCUAGCCUCAACUCAAUAAUAAUUUCUUAACUGUCUACUUUGGACUAGUCAUUGAAUCGGGGAUGGACAUUUGAAAGUGACACUGCUUACCUUCUGAUAACAUACAGUCUAUUGGAAAGGAGACAAUAGACACACUGAUAAAUAGAUGUAAUGACGUUUCCUUUUCAGAACUGGUUAUGUUUGUAGGUGUAAGGAACCAAGACAAAUAUGGUGUGAGGCUUUGAGUGAUGGACUGGAAAAUCCAGGAAAGCAUCAGAAACAAUGGACUUGUCCCCAAGGAUAUUAUAGACUAUCUCAAUACCUUGUUUCCUAGCUGCUUGUUUGCAUAAGGACAACAAAAAGAAACUUAAAAGAACUGGGAAGCCUGAACCCUAGGGCUGUCUGGUGAUUAUUGGACAAAUGGCCAUAGCCUGUAGAGAUGAUCUGGGAAACAUACUGGAUGGUUUCCAUAGAGACAGUUGGGUGGGUGGAGUGGAUAGAACACUGAGCUUUUCCUCAGGAAGACCUGCUGGUUCAAAUUCAUCGUUAGAACAAUUCCUGGCAUUGUGACCCUGAAUAAGUCACUCUAUUUGUUUCAGUUUUCUCAAGUGUAAAAUCAGGAUAAUAAUAGUGCCUACCUCACAGGGUUGUUGUGAGGAUCAAAUGGGUAAUAUUCAUAAAGCACUUAGCAUUGGACCUGGCACAUAGUAGGUACUUGAUUAAAACUUUUUUCUCCACCCCUAUAAUCAAAAGUGAGAUUUCUCACUCAAGGAAGCCAAUCCUAAACCAGAAAUAAUGGUCAUUAAAGAAAAGAAAAAGAGGGGCUUUAUAUCUCUGUACUGUUGUCUGUGGCCAGAAAGAUGAAGACUCGGGGCACAGAAAUGAAAAACAAACAAACAAACAAACCAGCUUUCUAUCAAUCUCAAGCUAAGAGUUUUUGUUGUUUCUGAAAAAGAGGACACACUACCCCAGUUGAAAGUUUCAGUUGAGAGUGACACUAGAAGUGGCAGAAACUCUAGUUGUCAUUAAGGAGUAACCCACCCAAGUGGAGAGCAACAACAGAGCAACCCAGCAGCCAAACAGCCCCAAUGAGGGGACCAUCUAGCUGAGAAGUGGUACCCUGUGAGGAUCUAGCCCAGCCCAGCCUAACAGCAGAGCCACCCUUCUAGCCCAGAUACUGCUUUCAGCAGCAAAUUUUAUGAGGAAAUCGUUUGAGAGAGAGAGAAGAUAUGGAGGCCCUAUCAUUCUGAAGAGAUAAGAGACACUGAGGUCCUGCAGUUAUGGAGAUGUGAGUUGCCUUGGACAAGUGUCCAUAUGUACCUCACUGUUACUGGACUUGAACUUCAUGCCCACACUCCCUCCCAUGAAAGUUGUAUGUUGGUGGGAAAUUGGCCUCAGGUUUAUGGGAGGGAUGAAUGUGUUGUAACUAUUGUUCCUUCUAUGCUAUUUGAGUAAAUGCCUUUGUUGAGUUGUCCA